AGACCAUCAAACCAGUUUGGGGAGUGUGUCUAAUUCAUAAAAAUACAUAGCCUGUGGAGUUUAGGAUCACAACACAAAUGUGGAAGUCGUUUUAGUUGUUUUUUCUUUUUCUUUUUCUUUUUCUGUUCAGUGAGCAUUGUCGCACAGAUUUGAAUAUAAUGUUACUGUGGAUGUAAAAGACACCUGUAAGAUCUAUCAGCUGCUACACUUGAAGAAGACACUGUAUUCACAAGAUUAUAUCGCUUCAGUAAACUCUGUCUUGAUACACCCAUUUAUACAAGAAGAGAGGUCAUUAUUCAACAGAUCAUAGCAGAAGGAAAACAAUGGAUCAAAAAGAAUGGCUGAAGAUUUUCUUGGGGAUUUCAGUUUUUAUGAUAGUGGCACUCAUUGUGGCACUCAUUCUGGUACUCAUUCUGCCACUCAAUCUGCCACUCUCUGUAACAUCCUCUGAUAAAUGCUAUACUAAAGCAGCAGUGGCAGCAGAUGCUAUGACUUGCUCUGAGAUUGGGAGGGACAUAUUGAAGCGUAAUGGUUCAGUAGUUGAUGCUGCUAUUGCUGCUCUUCUGUGUGUGAGUCUGUUUAAUCCCCAUAGCAUGGGAAUCGGAGGAGGAGUGGUUUUCACAAUUUACAAUGCAUCAACAGGAAAGAUGGAGAUCAUUAAUGCCAGAGAAACUGCUCCAGAGAAUGCAUCAGAGAACAUGUUUGGCAAUGGCACUGAGAAAGCAAAAAAAGGGUUGUUCAUAGGUGUACCAGGAGAACUUCGUGGUUAUCAGGAGGCACACAACAGACACGGGAGGCUGCAUUGGAAGGAGUUAUUUGAGCCCAGUAUAAACCUGUCAAAGGAGGGUAUUCCGAUUGGCAAAGCCUUGGCCAGAGCCAUUAAACAGAAUGAGAACACAAUUCUGAAUAAUGCAGCAUUGUGUAAAGUGUUUUGCAGCUCAAACAAGGCCAUCUUGAAGGAAAAUGAUAACAUAACAUUUCCCAAUCUAAGUCUGACCUAUAAGAAGAUAGCAGAAGCAGACAAUAAGGCAGAUGUCUUUUACAAUGGGUUAUUGACUCAGACUAUAGUGGAUGAUAUCAAGGCUGCAGGAGGGAUUAUAACACGUGAUGACCUGAAGAAUUAUAAGGUGGAGGUGAAGGAGUAUGCAUUAAACUUUACUGUGGGGAAAUACAUAUUUCAUGCUCCUGGUGCUCCAUUUGGUGGACCUGUGCUCGCUCUGAUGCUCAACACACUCAAAGGUUACAACUUGUCAAGCAGCAGUGUGUCCACAAUAGACAAGAAGAUUUUGACCUAUCAUCGCAUGAUAGAGACAUUUCGCUUCGCCGAUGUCCAAAAACAAAAACUGGGAGACCCACGUUAUGAAAAUAUCAAAGAGCUUGUCAAAAAUAUAACCUCAGACAGCUUUGCAAAUUACAUCAGGAAUAAGAUUAAUGAUGACAUCAAACAAAACACAUACAACUACAAGUAUGAUCAUUACAUGGAUAAGGACCAUGGGACAUCUCAUCUGUCCAUCAUCGCAGAAGAUGGGAGUGCAGUGGCAGUCACCAGCAGUAUCAAUGACUAAUGUAGCAUCGUCUGAUUCGCAACCUCAUUCCAAAGAUGACUUGGAGGGUCAGUGUGUAAGAUACUCAUUGUGGAUAUUGACUUAUGAAUCUUUUUAUUGUUUAUAUUUAGUAUUUACUAGUUACAUCUAUUUUAACAGAACCAGAUUAGAUCCAGAUUUAAAAAAAAAAAAAAAAAAAAAAAAACUAUUUGAGUCAUGGUAUUUGUUAUCUACAGAGCCAGGUUCCUCAAUCCAGCAAAUGCAUGAAAGUAGUCCAGCAUCAGUUAGUAAAAGUCCAAGUGAAGAAGCUGAAAGUAGCACCAGUCAGGACACAGUCACAGACAGCCCAAUCUUGGCUAGCACAGGGAGAAAUGAAGGCAAGAGUGAAGGAGAUUUUUUGACAACUGAUCCAGGAUUAUGGCCAGAGAGGAUUACAGAUCGUGAACUUGAGGUGAUCGUUAGAAAGCUAGCCACUGCCAGUGAGACAGACCUGAAAACUAUUAUGCCCAAGGAUUCAGAAGGAAAGAAAUUUCCAGAGUAUCUCCAGUUUAGUAAGUCAGCAAAUGGGCAAGAGAAACAGAAGAGAGACUGGUUGACAUACAGUCCAAGCAUGGAUGCAUUAUAUUGUAUGCCAUGCAUGCUCUUUUCACAGGAUGACCUCAGAAAGACAUCAACUAGUGCACUAAACUCUAAAGAAGGGUACAAAUCAGCAGAUCUAAAAUGGCGGAGAAUGUACAACAAAUUCCCUGACCAUGAAGCAAGUAAAGCACACAAAGCAUGCUACCUUAAGUGGAAAAAUCUGAAGUAUUCUUUGAUAGAAGCAAAAGGAAUAGAUAGCAGCUUGCAAAAACAAAUACAGAUUGAAGUUGAAAGAAACAAAGCAAUUCUUGAAAGAAUAUUAGAUGUCACUUUUUUUGGCAUCAAGAAACUUACCAUUCAGAGGGACCACAGACAAUUUAGGUGAUGUUCGCAAUGGUAACUUCCUUGGCACAUUAGAGCUGUUGGCUCAUUAUGAUCCUCUACUCAGUGACCAUUUGCAAAAAGUGUCAGAGAAGAAGUCAGGUGCAACAAUGACACAUUACCUUAACCCAGAAUCACAAAAUGAAUUUAUCGAGCUCUGUGGAGAUAAGGUCUUGAAAGAAAUAUUGAAGGAAAGGGAGCACGCAAUUUAUUAUUCUGUGAUUUGUGAUGCAACUCCUGAUAUUUCUCAUAUGGAACAAAAUGUGAUUCUGUUAAGAUAUGUUGCAAACAAGGAGAACGAUCAGUGGGAGAUAAUUGAGCGUUUUUUACAGUUCAAAGCUUUCAAUGGUAAGACUGGCCGGGAAAUAUCAGAAAUGAUAUUGAAGACUUUGGAGGAACAUUCCAUUGAUAUUUCAGAUUGCAGGGGACAAGGGUUUGACAAUGGGGCAAACAUGUCCGGCAAAGUAAAAGGGGUUCAGGCUGAAAUAAAGAAAAUAAACCCUCUUGCCACAUAUUCACCCUGUGCCUCACACUCUCUGAAUCUUGUUGGUGUACAAGCAGCAGAGUCAUGUCCUGAGGUUUCCACAUUUUUUGGCUGUUUGAACCGCUUAUACAAUCUCUUUAGUGCAAGUCCCGAGCGGUGGGCAAUCCUUA